AUGAGUCCCGCAGCCUCAAUCCCGUCGCAAUCCCAGCCGACGGUGCGCCUGGAUCAGGGGGCGUUCGUCGGCACCACCAUCGCGGAACCCGCUUUCCCGCGCAGCGUCGAAGCCUUUCUCGGCGUGCCGUAUGCGAAAUGCGAGCGUCUUCGCCGGCCGGAGGCGCCAGAGGCGUCUGGUGAUUCGUUCGACGCGGCAGAGUACGGCCCGGUUUGUCCCACUGCGGACCCCUCGUACCCGGCGGCCGAAGAGGGGUGUUUGAACGCCAACAUCUUUCGCCCGGCGUCAAGUGCCACUUUUUCGGACGGGGAAAGGAAGAAGGUCCCGGUAUUGGUGUACACACACGGCGGGGCCUUCAAUUUUGGGAGGGGAGGGGACAGGAAUCUGGCGGCGUUUGUCUCGUUCUCCAAGCGCGACGUCGUGGCCGUGAGCUUCAACUACCGCCUCGGUCCGCUAGGCUUCCUACCGUGUGGGGUUGCCGCUGGGGAAGGUAUCGCGAACCUAGGGUUAUUGGACCAGAGGGCGCUGCUCGAGUGGGUGCAGCGGAAUAUUGGAAAGUUUGGCGGCGAUGAGGGGUCCGUCACGGUGAUGGGGUUCAGCGCUGGUGCGCAUUCGCUCGGCCAUCAUCUCCUCUCGCCUCCCUCCCGCCGCCUCUUCCACCGUGCAAUCCUCGAAUCCGGCGCCCCAACGGCCCGUUCCGUCCUCGCGGCGACGCACCCUCGCCACGAGGCCCAGUUCGCCCGGCUCCUAACCCACGCCGGCCUCUCUCGGCUCUCCUCCACGCCAAAGCAGAUCCUCCCCGCCCUCCGCGCCCUUCCUCUCGAGAAACUCCUGCAAGCCUCGCUAGCAACCUGGUCAGAGUGCGCCCCCUCCGUCCAGUGGCCCUUCCAGCCAUCCAUCGAAGCGGGCAGCAACGACGUUGACCAAAGGACACCAGCCGUCAUCCCCCUCGCCCCAAUCAAAACCUGGACCUCUUCCUCAUUACCAUCCCUCCCGCCCCUCCUGACAGGCUUCAAUACCUCCGAAGGCACAAUGUUUGUCCCAGCCUCAGCAUCUGCACCAACAGCCCUGUCAGACUUCUUCUCCGCCCUCAUCCCCUCCCUCUCCGCCCAAGACCUCGAAACCCUCGAGAGCCUGUACCCGCCCGCUUCCACGUACCCGGCCCCGCCGACCGCCUCCCACGGCUCUCAGUUCCGGCGACUGGCACAGGCGUACGGGCAUUACGGAUACAUUGCCCCACUCCUCCACUCGGCGCACUUUGCCUCGAAAAAAGCCGGUGCCGCCGGCAGUGAUGCUCCCGCUCCGGUCUGGGUAUACGAGUACGCCGCGCAUGCCGACCUCGGCGCCGCAAACCACGGCGACCACGUCCCCGCCGCAACGCACGACACAGACAUCCUCUUCUCCCCCAAAACGCCGGGCCUGCUCGCCGUCUCGGACGCAAUGCACGGGUACUGGUCGUCCUUUGUCACGAUGAGCUCCGCCCCGCCCGAAAAAGGCAGUAGUAAUCCCAACGACCCCGACAACCCGAACCCCAGCGGAAUCGCCUGGCCUCGCUUCAUCUCCCCUUUUGGCGACACGGCCGCGAACGAUUACGUCCCCAGACCGGCGGACGACCCCACCGAGACCAGGGGUAAGAUCCUCGUCUUUGGUGAGGGUAACGACGAGCUCAUGGGCCGCGCGGGCCAGCGGCGCCGGGGCACGGUGGCGCGCGUGCGUACGUUGACCGAAGCCGAGGUGAAGCAGUUCCGGUUCUGGUGGGAUCGGGUUAGGCUGAGCGAGGGAAUGGGGUCUGCUGAAGAGGACGAGUCCAGGUUGUAA